CGUGCAUUACCCUGGAGGAUGUGGUUAACUGCGGCAGCGACGUAGGACAAAAUGUGGAACCCCGGCCAUUCGCGGAAGUUAUAAAGUUAUGGGCAAAUUUGCUGCAGUCAAGAUGGCAAGAGAAAGGAAGUGCAUCCUCUGCGAGACGGUCCACGCCUCCAAGCAGGAGAUGAACGAGCAUAUGAGAAGCAUGCUGCAUCAUCGCGAGCUGGAGAAACUCAAAGGGCGACAUUGAAGAAGCUCAUCAGAUCGCCGCCACCAUGCCCGAAGGAAGUAUUGAGCGACCCCUGUCGCCUCUCCUCCCUGAUAGGGACUGCGGCCAUGAGUGCCGGGUGUGCAGGGUCUCACUGGUGAGCCUGACCGACUACGCCGGCCACAUCUCCAGCCCUGGGCACAAGCAAAACGUGGAGAAGGAGAAGAAGAUGCCUGCCGGCGUUGACCGCGACGAGGACUACUUUGACCAGACACUGGUAGAGCUCGUUCACAAGAGGAAAGAGCAGAUGCGCAAAGAAAAGGAGGCGGCUGCUGCUGCUAAGCAGGCCCAAGAAGCAGAGGAAGCAAAGAAAAGAGCGAUCCAGCAGAGAAUAAAGGAAGCCAAGGAACGCUACCAGCUGGACAGGGGUGGGCAGUCUUUGCCGUAUGGCUUCGCUUGGAACCCUCAGCAUUACUCUUGGAAGAAUAUACAGCAGCAAGGCUUCCGAGCAGCUUCGCCCCCCUCGAACGGCAACAAGAACUACAUGCAAGGAAAGAGCGCCACCUGGCACGCUCAGGCUCCCCCCAACUUCCAGAGGUGGGUGUCGGGCGACUUGCAAGGCGGUCGCUGCCACUCGCAGGACGGUGCUCUAGGCUCCCACGGGGGUUCGUUUUGCACCCCCGGUCGACUGCCCUGGCUCAGUAACCAAGGCAGCAGCUAUGGUGUCUACGGCAGGAAUAACAUUUCCCAGAGCCCACCGAAUAACAGACCGGUGAGCUACAACGGGACCUCUCAAAUGUACCCGCCGCCACCGCAGUUUGUUGCCAGUCCCGUGAACAACCUUCAAAAGAGGGUUGAUGAGAGCGCAGGACCCCAGAACGAGGCGAUGCCAACAGCCAAUCGGGAGCCCGACGGCAAAGAGAGCGUUGGGAGCAACCCAAAGCUGGACAAGACCUGCCGCUGGUCUCCUUAUCCUGUCAGCAAGACAGUGGACUCGCUACCCAGUAAGGAUGCCGUGUCGAACCUGCCAGAACACCACCCAAAAGAGCCCAAAAGCCAGGAAAAAGCAGCAGAAGCAUUUACCUCCACUGGGAAGGAAGUAAAGGAAAAAAGUAAAUGGAGCAACAAUGGUCCUUCCAACAGUCACGCUGAAGUGCCUUCAAAGCCCCAAAGAAUCAGGACCCCUUCUAGUGGACCCCUGCCAUCACGACAAGCACCUAAGCUUCCAGAAACCUCCAGGAAGUCGUUGGCCCGGUCCGAAAGGAGGAGCUCUUUGGACAGCUCCCGGCUAGCAAUGCCUAGACACACCGAGAGGGAGCCGCCCAAGUGUCCGAUUAUGGACAACAAGGAAAACAGCUGCCAGCAGAAUGCAGCUAAACCGAAACCAAGCAACCCAGCACGGAGUUCUUCGUCGUGUGUGGCCAAAGAAAAGCUUGCCGCGUCCUCUUCUGAGAGCAUCCACUUCCUCCAGUCUCUUCAGGUCAGCACCUCCACCUCCGCCGCAAAGAAGACGUGGCCCGCAGCCUCAAAACAUGAUGACCCGGUGAAUACGAAGGAUGCUCUCACCUCGCCACCUCUCAAGUCCGCGGAAGAAGAUCACAGUUCCGAAGGUGAGCCCUCCGGGUGGGACAAAACGUGCCCCAAGGCGUCCGCCCUGUCCAAGCUCGACCUGCCUCCCGUCCUGAAGCGCGACCUGACCAAGCGCAUCAGCACCAAGACCAAGACGGGUGGGCACGAACCCAACCUCCACAGCGCCAGGCGCGUCCGGAACCUGAGCGAAUCGCGGCGACCCGACAGCGAAAAGGACUCUGGGCUCAAGCCGACUGUUCAACAGCUCAUUAACUCCUCUGGGUCUCGACGGAAAGUCAACUGGGAUCAGGUGUACCAGGAGGUGCGCAAGAAGCAGGACAAAGGGAAAGGAAUGCCCAGGUUCGGUAUUGAAAUGGUACCAAACGAGGACCACAGCCAGGAGGAGGACGACAUGGCGAUGCUGGAAAACCUCCCUUGGGAGUCACUGAUGGAGACCUCUACUCCUGCCACAUCCCGCAAGCGCUCCCUCUCUGAGAGCAGUCUGGCUCCGGCAUCCGAGAGCUCGCUCCUCCCGUCUAAGGAGACGUCGCGGAAGUCUUCGAUCGCCAAGGAGACCGGUGGCCGGCCUGACGUGGAGAAGAUUUUGAACCUUGCUGUGGAGGAAGCUCAAAAGCAAGCAGAUAAACUGAUGUUGGAGAAAGCCAAGGCUCUGCAGAGAACAGACUGCGUGCAAGGAGAAAACAGCUCUGGAGUCGAGCAGAUGGAGGGACAUGGAACAGCGAAGAGGCGAAGAAUACCGGGGGAUGUUCUGAGUCCGGAGGCUUCAGGUGUGGAACAAGAUACCAAAAGAAGGAAGACCAAAUCGAAAACAGCGGAUCGCUUACAGAUCGACCAGCUUCUGGCCGUGUCGCUGCGGGAGGAGGAGCUGAGUCGCUCACUACAGACGGUGGACACCAAACUGGUCCGAGCGCGGGCGGCACUGGAAGCCGCCUACAUGGAGGUGCAGAGAGUCAUGGUGGUCAAACAACAGAUUAGCACAGAGAUGAGCACACUACGAGAAAAACGCAUUGAGUUAUUAAAAGGGAUGCAAGCCGGCAACACUGAAGUGGCAGAAGUGCCACUGGUCCGACUGAAACAGGAGAAAACAGACCCCGCGGAACCAGAACUGGCCUCUGUGGCUCCGCUGUGCUCUCUUUCGAGCACUUCAGCUUCUGCUUGGAGUGCCUCACUGCCACCGUCGUUCUCAAGUGCCGUAACCAUCAAGCAGGAGCCACUGUCCCCCGUGCGCGUCAGCUGUGAGUCUGAACGUUCAGAAAAAGUAAAGUGCCACGAGCUAAUAGCUACUGCGGAAAUAAAGCCUGAGCCAUUGCAUGAAGCUGAAGGAGACGCCUGGAGUCUGUCAGGAUCGUUGGAGUCCACCGUAAAAGCCGUUCAGGCCACCUUUCUUCCUGACUCUAAAGCCGACAUGAAGCCGCCGUCGGCCAGCAGGAGGAGCUCCGAGACGGGCAGCCUCGCUGAGCGCCGCUCACCCCCUCCGGCAUUCGAGACCCCACGAGCGCCAAACGCCUCGCCCGGUUCGCCCUCGGAGUUGCGCGGCGGCAAGCGAGUGAGGAGGCUGAAGAAGAGGAAGGUGCUGGAAAAGGCUCAUGGCAGCGCGCUGCCAGAGAGCAGCGACACCGAGAUGGACGCCGAGGCCUCCAGACCCAGGUGGCUCCGGCCGCAGAGGAGGGCCAGCAGCGGCAGCGGUAGCACUCAGGUCAGCACAUCUACGCUACCACGAGUGGGCGACGUGAAGAUGGAGAAAGAUGCUAAGCAUAUAAAACAGGAAGUGGCAGAAAAGAUGGAAGUGGUCGCAGACUGCCAGCAGUCCCUCGGGACCACCUUGUUUUCUCCUGAAGCUGACAUCCCGGAGUCGUCCAGAAACGAGCAACCGAGCCUGGCGUGCAAUGAGGUCACCUCUACCAGCGACAUGGACAUCUGUAAAUCAUCUGACAGCGACAUGUCAUUUCCAAAGAUAAGUUGGAGCCCUUCCUGCACGUCGUCUGGCAUCUUCGAGGGCCACCAGGAGGCGGUGAACGACAUGCAGGUCCACGACGGGCUGCUGUACACGUGCUCAGGAGACCGCACAGUCAAAACCUUCGACCUGUCGACUCGCAAGUGUGUUGCUGUCUUUUCCGGCCACACGUCCAAAGUGAGCUGCCUGCUGGUAUCGGCCGCCCCCUGCCUGCAGCCCCGCCUGUACUCGGGCUCCAGCGACCAGACCGUCCGCUGCUACAGUCUUAAGACCCAGGAAUUAGAGCAGCAAUUCAAUCUGGCAGAUCGGGUGCUGUGCCUUCACAACCGAUGGAAGUACCUGUACGCCGGUCUGGCCAACGGCACUGUCGUUUCCUUCGAUCUUACGACUAACAGGCAGCAGGACGUGUUCGAAUGCCACGCCCCUCGGGCCGUCAGCUGCCUGGCCUCGUCGCAGGAGAGCUCCCGGCGCAUCCUGCUGGUGGGCUCCUACGACAGCACCAUCAGCGUGCGUGACGCCAAGACCGGACUACUGCUGCGCACGCUGCAGGGACACGCCAAGACCGUCCUCUGCAUGAAGGUUGUGAACGACCUGGUGUUCAGCGGCUCCAGUGACCAGUGCGUUUAUGCACACAACAUCCACAGUGGCGAGCUGCUUCGCGUCUACAAGGGCCACAGUCACGCCGUCACUGUGGUAACGGUCGUUGGGAAGGUGAUGGUGACCGCCUGCCUGGACAAGCAGGUCCGUGUCUACGACCUACAGUCUCGGGAACAGCUCCAGGUGUACACCGGACAUUCGGACAUGGUGACGAGCAUGGUGGUGCACCAGAGCAAGAUCUACACUGGUUGCUACGACGGCAGCGUGCGGGCCGUCGAGUUCAACCUGACGCAGAAGUACCGUUGCAUGUGGCACGGCUGCUCGCUGGUUUUUGGCGUCAUGGCGCACCUGCGGCAGCACGCGGUCGCCGACCACGCCGCCAACCAGCAGACGCUCCGAUGUCACUGGAAGGACUGCGAGGAGGUUUUCUGCGCUCGCAACGGCUCCAAGCAGGCGAAGCUCGCACACGUGCAGAAGCACGCCGACGAGGCCCAACCGGAGCCUUGAGUCCCCGCCCCCCACCUCCCAUCUCCCAUAUUGGGCGGAAGUUUGGGACCUUAGCGUUCCAUGUUGGAAUCCAACGUUUAAGUGUCUCCGUGUCCAUUUUUUCUACGUCCCCGGAACAGCGCGGUGGCAGCUGCGACAACCUCGCAUGCCGCCGCCGCUCUCCGUCUUUUUGCACUGACCAAAAACGAAGACCGUUCUUUUUUUUUUUUUUU